AAGUCACCUACAGAUAUAACCAACGUUGGGUUGUUCCAUGUGCGCUAAUCUACCCAGCUUGAGCUCACGAUGACAUCCAGUCGGUCUAUCACCAAACAAACCCAAUCAUGCCACCCAUUGCAAAAAACUUCCCAAGCAGAUGAAAGCCGUCUAAAAAACGGGAUUCAACAAACCCCAUGUCAUAAAUACAGUAUCCGUGCCCUAUGACCUUGGGCCGCAUGAUCUUCUGGUCAAGGUCGCCGUCGCAUCCUACUGCCACACGGACUCCAUGGUGUCCCCGGGCAAGUUCGGCACCAAGUUGCCUGUGACAGGGUCACACGAGGGCUCUGGAAUAGUGACGUCCGUCGGGUCCGAUGUUCCCAACUUUAAUCUUGGUGAUCGUGUUAUGUGCGGACUGCCGCUACAUCCCUGCGGAGCCUGCCAUGACUGCCUGGGAUCGGAGGAGGGCCGCCGGCAAUAUUGUGCCAAAGUUGAAGGGCAUGUGGGCGUGCACAUGAAUGUCUGUUUUGCCGAGUAUGUCAAAGUUGAUUCGAGGUCCACGACGCCGUUACCGGACCAGGUCAGUUUCCUUUCUGCGGCGCUGGCUUGUGCAGGACGGACGGUGUGGCGGAGUGUGCUGCAGGCAGAGCUGAAGCCGGGCCAGUGGCUGGCUAUCGUUGGAUCUGGACGUGGGUUGGGCCAUUUGGGUAUCCAGUUUGCGAAAAAGGCGACGGACCUAGAAGUGAUCGCCAUUGACGCGAGAGACGAGGGACUUGAUUAUUCCAAAGAAAAUGGUGCAGAUGUCGUUAUGGAUGCGCGCAAGGGCAAGGCGAAUGCCGUUGCCGAAGUGCAGCAUGUCACUGGUGGUGAUGGAGUCGAUGCUACUGUCGUAUUGUCCGAUGCGGGAGACUCAGCUGCAGUCGGGUGUGCUGUUACAAGGAUGCAUAGUACGUUGGUGCAAGUGGCGCAGCCUGACGAGGUCAAGAUUCGCUCUUCUUCCGUGAUAUUCGAAUCAAGGGAAGUCUUCUGAGUUCGCCGGAUGAGUCUAAAGCAAUGUUGAAGGUGAUAGCAGAGCAUGGAAUUACCGUCAAGACGAACCAGUUCCAUGGUCUGGAUAAGAUCAAAGACUUGAUUAAUCUGAUUCGCAGUGGUAAAAUGUCUCGCAAAGCAGUGAUAGUGGUUGAUGCUGAACAAAUCGAAAUGGAGAAAAACAUAGGGGCGAAGUAC